AUGGGAAGGCCGGCGUUUGUAUUUCCUCUGAUCCUGUUUGCUGUGAUGCUGAUGGCGACCGAGGGAAAAGACUGUGUAUGCAAUGGAAAAUCAAGAUGUCACUGUGCAGGAGUAAAAGGCAACAGGGGGGACAAAGGUUUUCCAGGAGAUGCGGGUCCUCCAGGGGUAGAAGGCCGUCCAGGAUCAGCCGGUCCUGCUGGGCCGAUGGGACCAAAGGGCAGCACUGGGCCGGAUGGACCCGCGGGACCAAAAGGAGAUCCGGGACUUGAAGGCAAAGAGGGAUUUGCUGGGUCUCACGGCUUACCGGGUCUCCCAGGCUUACAGGGGCCUCCAGGUCAUCCAGGGGCCCCAGGCUGCAAUGGAACAGACGGAGAUGUUGGACUUCCUGGUAUUCCUGGGGCCUAUGGUCUUGAUGGGAAUCCAGGUUCACCAGGGCUGCCUGGACCUAAGGGAGACGGAGGUUUCCCUGGAGAUCAAGGACCACAAGGGGACCCUGGAAUACGUGGAUCUGACGGGUAUCCUGGUCAACCAGGGCCUCGAGGAUCUAAGGGUCAAGAAGGCACAAGUGGUGUCCCAGGACCUCGAGGACUAAAGGGCAGAAAGGGCCUAGUGGGCCCACCGGGGCCGCCAGGUCGGAUUAAGGAGUAUCUGACAGAGAGUCUAGCCGUGUUAAAGGGUGAAAAGGGACAUCAAGGAGAUUACGGCGAAAAAGGCUGCAGGGGUGAAACAGGACACCCUGGCUAUGGCAUUUUUUCCAAAGGAGCAAAGGGAGACAAAGGACUUCAGGGUCCAGAAGGAAAGCCGGGGAAGGAUGGAGAUCCUGGACAACACGGAACUAGGGGAAGACCUGGACCCAGAGGUGACUCAGGAUAUCCAGGGGCACCAGGAGCACUGGGUGAAAAGGGAAAUAUGGGUCCACCUGGUCCACCUGGAGAUAUAUAUGUCCCUGCGACGGAGCCACUCAAAGGAUUCAGGGGAGAUCCUGGUUCUCCAGGCCAACCUGGAAACCCUGGGUUUCGAGGCCAUGGAUCUGGGAUUUACGUGCCAGGCCCACCUGGUCGCAAUGGCGCGCCAGGCCCUAAAGGGGACCCUGGAGAGGCAGGGGAUACUUAUCCUGGACAACCAGGUCUAGAAGGGGAUCCUGGUGACCGAGGGCCUCAAGGAGAAACAGGCCCACAAGGACCUCCUGAAGACAGAAGUAACAGGAUUACCAAAGGUCUCCCAGGCAUGAAGGGAAUGAGAGGUAUCCCUGGAUUUAUGGGAUAUGAUGGAAGAUUUGGAAUGAAAGGCGAGAAGGGCGAGCCCUGUAUUGAAUGUGAGGGAGUAGGACCUCCAGGACCACCGGGUCCCCGUGGUACACCUGGAAGUCCUGGCUAUAAUGGGGGACCAGGUAACAAAGGUGAUCCAGGGUUCCCAGGACCUCGAGGUCCACCUGGAAGCCCUGGUCCACUUGGUGAUGCAGGAUUUCAAGGCCCUCCAGGACAAAAGGGAGACUCAUAUUCCUACAACACUCCUGGAAUAAGGGGUGACAAAGGAGAGCCAGGACAGCCUGGCUGGCGUGGUGCAGAUGGGUUCCCUGGGUCUCCUGGAGCACCAGGUCGCAAAGGCAUUAAAGGGCUUCCAGGAGAUUCAUAUCCCUUCACUGGGGCUGACGGAGACCCUGGAUUCCCAGGCCAGCCAGGGCCUUCAGGCAGACCAGGACCAGUCGGCUACCCUGGGUCAGGGGGAUAUGCGCCUCCUGGACUUACAGGAAGUAAAGGAGAUAUUGGGGUGACUGGCCUGCCAGGACAGCCGGGAAUUCCAGGCCAAAAAGGGGAACCUGGCCACAUCCACAGCAGAGGAUUUCCUGGACCACCUGGAUUUAAAGGUCGGCCUGGUUCACUAGGAAGCCCGGGUUAUCAAGGGACACCAGGUUCUCCAGGAUCACCAGGUUAUUCAGGACAGAAAGGCGAAAGAGGCAGCGUGUCAGUUCCUGGAGCGCCGGGGUUACAAGGAAGGAAAGGUGACAAGGGGCAGCCAGGAUCCCCAGGCCCUCCAACUAGAGGUUUUCCAGGUCAGCCUGGGUCACCAGGCUUUCCUGGUCCUCCAGGACAGAAGGGUGACGGUGGUCCCGGAUACUUUGGCCCUCCAGGUCCCCAGGGGCGUCCAGGUGAAGCUGGAGAUCCUGGGCCGGUUGGUAAUCCCGGGUUCCCUGGCCAACCCGGAAAUCCGGGACCAGGGGGGAGUCCAGGGUAUCAGGGAGAAAAAGGAAGAAAAGGUCCUGUAGGCGUCCCAGGACCGGCUGGUAUCAAAGAUUCAUGUAAAGGUGGUAUACCUGGACCACAGGGACCACCGGGACCAGAUGGUUAUCCAGGACAACCCGGAUCUAAUGGCUUGACUGGUGAGAAGGGAAAUGCAGGUUCGCCUGGGUUUGGUCGUCCUGGAGCUCCUGGUGAGCCUGGUAUUCCUGGACCACCGGUGCCGGGUCCGAGUGGGCCUCCUGGUCCAACGGGGAUUAAAGGACAAGUCGGUUUACCUGGGCGAUCAGGACCGAGAGGGGACCCUGGACCAGAUGGGUUAUCAGGAUAUGGACCAGAAGGGUUGCCUGGAAGUAGAGGGCCACCUGGUCAAAUAGGUGACCCAGGCCCACAUGGAAACAGUGGUCCUCCAGGUUUUCAAGGCAUUAAAGGGACCAAAGGCUUCAAAGGUCCUCAAGGGUAUCCAUCACCACCACUAAACUUUACUGGACGCGCAGGGGAACCUGGUGGGCCAGGUUACCCUGGUCUAGCUGGUCCCCCUGGAGAUCCUGGAUACACUGGACCAAAAGGGCAGCAAGGAAAAGGGGGAAUACCCGGGGGUCCUGGACAAAGAGGUCCUCCAGGUGAUCCUGGUAUUGAUGGAUCAGUGGUCACACCGGGAAAUCCAGGACCUGCUGGAGCCCCAGGAGAUCAAGGACCGAGAGGCCCUCCAGGGUACAAGGGAAUUAAAGGAGAUCCCGGAUUCCCUGGAGGUCCAGGUCCAAAUGGUGCUCCAGGGUCACCGGGUUACAAAGGAGCUGCUGGAGAACCAAACUACUAUGGUUAUGGCCCACCUGGGCCAAAAGGACAAAAAGGUGAACCAGGAUUACCUAGUACUUUUGUGAGGAAGGGGUACAAAGGAGAACCUGGUACUGGAGGUCCACUAGGUCUACCAGGAAAUCGUGGAGCCAAAGGACACCCAGGACCCCCUGGAGCAAAUGGUUCCCCAGGCUAUCAAGGGCCAAAAGGUUCAGAUGGCCCUCCAGGAGGCAAAGGACGUAGAGGACCUGUUGGACCUGCAGGUAACCCGGGUCUGUCAGGUGGCGGGGGUUAUCCAGGUCCUAAAGGCAACCAGGGCCGUGAUGGGAUCCCUGGACCACCAGGGCAGAAAGGGGACACGAUCAUAACAUCAGGGACACCUGGGAGGCGCGGUAACCCAGGUCCAUCAGGUGCUCCUGGGGACACUGGUCCUCCUGGCCCUCCUGCUCCAGGUAGCCCUGGACCAAUAGGGGACAGAGGACGUCCAGGUUCACCUGGUAACUUGGGUCCAAGAGGGCCACCAGGAAGAGAUGGGCCAUGUCUUGCUGGGUCUAAAGGAGAUCGUGGCCACCCCGGCAACCCAGGAAACAGAGGCUAUCCUGGCCCACGUGGCCCUCCAGGUCCCACAGUGUCUGGUUUAAAAGGAGACAGAGGAGACCCAGGGUUUUCAGGGAGUCCAGGUUAUGGUGGGGAAUCUGGAGAUCCAGGCGCUCAAGGACCACCUGGGCCCGGAGGCAGACGUGGAGACCCUGGACCAAAAGGGGAUCCUGGUCCUCCUGGGUACCAAGGGCCCUUUGGUUACAAGGGAGACCCUGGAUACAACCCAGGCCCACCUGGUGCUCCUGGAACCAAAGGUUUUCCUGGACGACCAGGUCGUAAAGGUGAAGCAACAGUUGGCAGAGCGAUAUAUGAACCAGGACCUGCUGGCUUACCUGGUCCUCCAGGCAAUCGAGGACCCCCAGGGAGCACCGGUUCCUCAGGACCACCAGGCCCCCAUGGCCCGCCAGGUGUCAAAGGAGCGCAGGGUUCCAGCCCACCUGGCCAGCCUGGAUUUACUGGCCGCAAAGGAGACAAAGGAAGAGCAGGACUGCAAGGUCCAGAGGGCAGACCUGGAAGCCCAGGCAACAAGGGUCCAAGAGGUUUGCCCGGCAGAGGUGUUACAGGUUACGUGGACACUUUCAUGAUUGUCAGACACAGUCAGAGCAUCCGGGUCCCCGACUGUCCUCACGGCACCAGCCUCAUUUACAGCGGUUACUCCUUCCUCUUCGUCAAUGGAAAUGAGAGAGCUCACGGCCAGGACCUUGGCACCACAGGAAGCUGCCUGCCUCGUUUCACCACCAUGCCCUUCCUGUUCUGCGACACAGAAAACACCUGCCGCUAUGCUUCUCGUAAUGACUAUUCAUACUGGUUGUCCACUGACACGCCUAUGCCCGCAAACAUGGUUUCCAUCACGGGGGACAGGCUGGCCUCGUACAUUAGCAGGUGUUCAGUGUGUGAAACCACUUCCAACGUCAUAGCCAUCCACAGCCAGACAACCCAGAUACCACAGUGUCCCAGCAGCUGGGAAUCCUUAUGGACUGGUUACUCAUUCGUCAUGCAAACAGGUGCUGGAGCAGAAGGAUCCUCCCAGCCCCUUGUUUCUCCUGGCUCAUGCCUGGAAAAUUUCCGCCAAGUGCCCUUUAUCGAGUGCCACGGCAGGGGGACGUGCAACUACUACCCCGACUCCUAUAGCUACUGGCUGGCCUCCCUCGACCCUAACAACAUGUUCAGUAAACCGGUUUCUCAGACAGUGAAGGGAACUUUUCAAGAAACCAUCAUCAGCCGAUGUCGAGUCUGCAGAAAACCAUGGCAACACAGCACGGGCGAAAGACGCGGGGACACUUUUUAA